UUGGUUGAGAAGCCUACAGAAGAAGAUUCGACAGUUAUUGCAGCAGGAGAUACCUCCGCCGCCGAUCAUGUGAACGUGGAUGAUGUUUGCAUGGCACAUAUAAGAGCAGAGGAUUUGGAGGAACCACAGACCUCUACAUUUUUCGAAAAUAUGUAUGAUAAAUCUUCUUAUGAAUUGGGAAACUUCACGAACAAAAUAUUAAGUGAUAACGAAAAACGUCAAAUUCUUGAUAUAGGGCCUUUACAGCCUUCAGGACUUCUUCCAACAGACAUCAACCAGAACAAUAGUGUUUUUCAAAAUCGUACUAAGUUUCAAGUUCUAAAUAUGGACCAGUUAAUCGUUUUGGUUGUGCUAUUUCAAAAUACUAGACGCUGCCUGUUCUCAACCUUGCUGGUUAUUUGCUUCACAAAGGAAUAA